CUUGGGUUAGAGCAAGAUGGAGUAUGGAAAACGUGUUCUUUGUGUCAGUUUAAGGCAGAUUUUAGUUAUAUUACGAUAUUCAAUAACCAUAGCACCGGCUAAUUGGCGUUAAUUUUAUAGCGGAUCACAAGAGCUUACCAAUUUCCAGAAACCAUAGGUGUCUUUGCAUAUUCGGUACCACACAUCUACAUUCCAAGCAUGUAUGAUACACAAACAAAUGUUUUACUUCUAUUCUGCUUUAUAUUUCCUGUCGCAGUAUCCGUGAUUGACGUUAAGGUGCUGAUUAAACGAUGUAGUGAUGAAUACACGUCACAAUCUGACGAGGAUAUCAGCAAUGAGAGACGAAAGGACGAAGCUGGUAUCAGUGAGGACGAUCAUUUUCCAGGGAUUGUGAGGAGAAGACUGGACUUGGAACAGGAAUUUGAAAUGGAUGAACCAGAAUAUCCUUUCCAUCUAACACACUGCCAAAGGAAACUUAUGAUAUCGUUGUGGAUAAAAAACAGAGUCCGUAUGAUUGAAAACUCUACUGACGAAGAUGAACAGCUAAUUUACAUCGAUCAUGGUUAUGAUGAUGUUACCAGCAAGAUCGUUAAGCUGUUGAGCCCCGUAACUAUUCGAUUUCAGCAGCAGCCAGUGCUACAAGCCUAUCCGUUCAGAAACAUACACGUUGUUAAUGGUUUGCUUCACGAAGAGGUGGUCAACAAAGAUGAAACGCCCAAUUUUACGGGGUGUGAUGACACCUCUUCAGCACAUCCGACUUGUUCCUACGCUUACAAGAAAGGUAAACCCAUACCUUACAGUCAGGGGUUCUGUUGUUAUUGUACAGCAUCGGGAAAACCACCCGCUCACAUACUGGCAGAGGAGGCCCAAGCCAGUCGGUAUCAACAAAACAAUGGCUCGUCAACUGACAGGCCCACGUCGCCAACACCUGAUUACAGUGGGGGAGACGAAAUAAUGACGCCAAACAUAAAGCUUAAGCCACCAACAGCUAACCACGAUGUCUUAUCCAGCUUUGCGGAUACCAAUGACACCCCCGAUAUCGAAAACGAGCAUGACCGGCAAGCAAGACAAGACAAAGGGCUUCGCAACCCAAAUGGUGCCCCAGGUGCACCGCAAGGGGACACCAGCUUGUUUCCUCGGUCGAAGAACGCGGAGAUUCCCGCUAUGAGGCCGGCUAAAGCCCCCUCGCUAAGCCGCACGCCAUCGAACCUGCUGAACCGCAAGAGGCGGCAGAGCAGCCUGUCGCUGCAGCCGCGUGGGGGGCAGGACUGCAGCUCCGACACGCCGGCCAGCGUCGACCCGGACAAGUACCUGUCGUCGGCUCACUGCCUGCGGCUUCACGACAUCUGGUACAACGUCAACGCCGUGCAGAUGCCGCGCUUGCGCCACUCGGUUCAGCUGCAGGUCUACGCGAAGAAGGAGCUGCCGGACGGAUCGCAGCGCUGGAGCGACCUCAACGCCGGCAGGGUACUCACUCUCGGCACCGACUCCAUGCACUACAUGGAAAACAAUCAGACCCUGGUGGCCACGUACAGUGGCAAGGUGUUGCGGCGCGAAAACCAGGUGAUCUUGAACGUUACGGACAAGCUGCUGCUCAUACCGCAGAUGACGGGCAACAAGAAGAUGAAGAGUGAGUACCCCCAGCUGCAGGGGCCCGGCGAAUACCUGCUGGUGAGUCGCUCGCUCGUUGAUAUGUCCGGGAAGACAUGCGACAAGAUUGGCGCGACGUACAGCACCUUCGCCCUUCAGAAGGACCGGUGCGAAAAGCCACGCGGCUCCUGCCUGAGCAACCAGCCCAUCCAGCUGUGGGAGAGGGACAGGCGGUCCGGGGGAGCGCUCCACUACCGCCUGGCUGACUUCGGCAGCCCUCAUGGCGACGCUAUCGAGGUCAACCGCGCCUCCGGUGAGUACCUGCUGCUGAUGAAGCACACCAACCCGUACACCAGCUACGUGGAUGUCGAGGUGGACGCCGACAGUAUCGGCAUUCUCCGCACCGGUCUGCACGCCCAGAUCACCAACGUCUUCACCAUGAGCGGCGAGGUGCUGACGCUGGUGACCGCGGUCGUCACCAACACUGGGCUGGUGUCGUCCCAUUUCAGCGUGCAGAUCGCCUCCUGCACGCAUAAGGUCCCAGACAGCAAAAAGGUCGCCUCCAGCAUCCCACCGCAGAACCAGGUGACGUUCAACAUCACGCUCAGCCACGGCAGCGAGAUCAUCCGCGACCGGAUCGUGUGCUCGGCCCUGGUGCGCAACAGCGAGCACAAGGUGGUCGCAGCGCGGAGGAUCCACGCGUACCCGCACGACCGCUGCGUCUGCGUCUGGUUCUGCCUGUGCGCGUGCACAGCCGAGCGGUUCGCGUGCACUCCCAUGUCGUUGUCUCACUACCGCAGCUCGGGCUUCCUGGGUGCCAUCCCGUCGCUGAACAAGUCGCGGCUGCCGUACAUCGCCGAGAUCAUGCUGGACGUGGAGCUAGUGCUCAUCAGUCUCACCAUCCUCGGCCUGCUGCUCGGCUGCCUGAAGGCCGUCAUCGGCGUCGUCUUCCCCGACUCGAUAGGCCUGUUCGGGCUGGCCAUGUGCAACGACAAGCCGCGCAAGAUUAACCACUACUACGAGCCGGAGCUGCGCCACUUCCCGGUCGAGUACGACCGGCACGGCUACCCGGUCCACCCGCUCACGAAGACGCCGAGCGUGCGCCGCAUGGGCGGCACGCUGCAGUUCUGCCUCAACCUCGCCUGGUUCUUCUACAUCCCACUGGCGUGCUGGUACUGGGUGCGCAAGAGCCGCGACUGCCUGCCGGAGCCGUGCGCGCGCGUGCUCUGCUGCUGCCCGCAGCUGGAGGGCUCGCCCCGCUCCUCGCUGGGCGCCCGGCAAUCGCUGCUCUCAGACACGGGCAGCGUGCCGGCGGACAUGACCGAGCACCGGGCGCAGGGCUACGGCGGCGUGGCUGAGCGGGACGUGGCGCUGGAUCGGUACCGGCAGAGCCGCGACGACCUGCGCUCCACAUCUAACGGCACGAUGCUGUCGUCCUCGAGCCGGCCGCGGGUGGGAGCGUCGGCCAACUCGCUGUCGCGCGCCAGCCUGACGGGCACGUCGAGCCUCGGCGGCGCCACGCCGCGCCGCAGCAGCUCGGCCAGGUCGGUCACCAGGACAUCGACGUCGGGUUCGGCGGGGGCGGGGUCGCCGGGUAGGAGUUCGGCGUCGCUGCCGACCUCCGGGAGCGCCAGGAGGCUGAGCCAGUCGCAGGCGUCAUCCAAGAGCAAGUUGUGA